CACGAUGGGAUGGAGAAGAAGGAGGAAUUGGAAAGUGCGCAUGCUCGGGAGGUGUUGAUGUGUAUGUAGCCACGUUGCCACUUUGUAGCAGCGAGUGAGCGAAAAAGUAGCUAAGGGCAAGGAUGUCAUCACCUCCCAGGGAAAAAGUGGAAACCAAAGCGGGGCACCUUCCUGCCGUCAAAGCAGGCGGUAUGCGGAUUGUGAAGAAACAUCAGGGCCCUGUGAACCAGGCUUCUGCUGUGGAGAAAGAUAAAGAGAGUGAAGACUGGGAAAGCAACAGCCCUAAACCAACUGUACCAAUCAUCAUCUCUGGUGCUUUGGCCAGGGGGGAUAAAGACUUUCCUCCAGCUGCUGCCCAGGUUGCCCACCAGAAGCCUUACCCGUCAGUGGAGAAACUGCCUGUUUCACAUCAGAUCAAUCAUUCCAUCCACCAGCCUCGCAAGUGAAUGAUGUGACCUCUAAGAAUGAAUAUCCAGAAAUCUUUGGGAAUUGUCGAUCCAUUAGUUGGGACUCCUAAUUUCUGAUAUUUGGAGCAAAUUUUCUUUUGCUUUUGGGAAGGGAGCUACGGUUUUAAAUUUUGUAAACCUUGUUGAAGCACAUUUGAACAAAUAAUAGCCAUUUUUUAAUUAAAUUGGUACCUGAGAUACUAUUUUGCUUUUGGUAUUUCAGAAAUAAUAGAUAAAUCUUUGCUUCUGUAAUAGGAGAGAUUUGUUCAACACUCAUGCAUAUGUGUCUGUGUAAAUGCAUGUGCACGUAUGUUGUGUAUGCAUAUUGUGUGUGGUGCAUGCAUGUGUGUACGUAAUGGACAAAUUUAGUGCUGUUUCACACUGUGACUCCGUAUAUAUGUUGUGAAUUUUUGUAGAACGUAUGGCUGAGGAUGUCACUGUGCCAGAAGUAAACUCAAAGGUAACCAAAAGUAA